AUGAGCGAAAUCAUUGUCAAUCAGCAGAAACGGAAAAAAGUGAACGCAGAAAAAAACAAAGCAUUAAAAGUAACGCCACAGUGGUGUGAUACGACUAUGUUAGCUUGGAAUAAUGAACUGAUCAAGGGAACAAGUUUGCAUUAUAUCACUUCCAGAAGUGCAAAUGCAAGUGCAAGUACAAGUUCCACUUCUAUGUACACGCAUGGAAAAGUAUGGCAAUCCGUUGUAUCUCACAAAUCUUGUUACCCAGCACUACUACUAUUACUACUAUUUAUUAAUAUAGCUGGAUAA